GUGGCACUACUGGAUGCUGCUGCCAGUCCCGAGGACAAAGGGUUCCUGGAGGCACUGUGCCCCAGGGAGGAUAGGGAAGAAGAGGAAGAGGAGGAGGAAGAGGAUGGGCAGAGAAGCCGAAGACCUGUCAGCUUCAUCCUGGGCAACGAGAUGCUGGGACUGGGCCCAGAGAGUGAGUUUCAGUGCCCUGAUGCUGAGGUCUACAUGCACUUCAUGAGGAGCCACUGCUGCUACGAUGCCAUCCCCACCAGCUGCAAGCUAGUUGUCUUCGACGUCUCCCUGGAGAUCAAGAAAGCCUUUUUGGCACUGGUGGCCAACGGGGUGCGUGCUGCCCCACUCUGGGACAGCAAGACACAGAGCUUUGUGGGGAUGCUCACCAUCACUGACUUCAUCAACAUCCUCCACCGCUACUACCGCUCACCCCUGGUUCAGAUCUAUGAGGUGGAGGAGCACAAGAUUGAGACCUGGAGAGAGGUGUACCUGCAAGGCUCUCUCAAGCCCCUGGUCUACAUCUCCCCAAGCAACAGCCUCUUCGAUGCUGUCUACUCCCUGAUCAAGCACAAGAUCCACCGCCUGCCUGUCAUUGAGCCAGUCUCGGGCAAUGUCCUGCACAUCCUGACGCACAAACGCAUCCUCAAGUUCCUCCACAUCUUUGGCUCCACCCUCCCCAAGCCACGCUUCCUGAAGAAAACGGUGCAGGAGCUGUGUGUCGGCACCUUCCGCGAUGUGGCUGUGGUGCCUGAGACCGCUCCUAUCUACGCUGCCCUGGAGAUCUUUGUGGACCGUCGUGUCUCCGCCCUGCCUGUCGUCAACGAUGCUGGGCAAGUGGUUGGCCUCUACUCCCGGUUUGACGUCAUUCACCUGGCAGCCCAGAAAACCUACAAUAACCUGGACAUGAGUAUGCGGGACGCACUACAGCAGCGCAGCAUCUGCCUGGAGGGAGUCCUCACCUGCUACCCCCAUGAAACCAUGGAGGACAUCAUUGACCGUAUCACGAAGGAGCAGGUCCAUCGCCUGGUUCUGGUGGAUGAGAACCAGUACCCACGGGGCAUUGUCUCCCUCUCUGACAUCCUCCAGGCCCUUGUGCUCACUCCUGCAGGUAUCGAUGCUCUUAACUCUUAG